AUGUUGGCGAUGAUAAAUCGUGUUCUGGAUUGGAUCCGGAGUUUAUUCUGGAAAGAGGAAAUGGAAUUAACCCUUGUUGGACUACAGAAUUCUGGGAAAACCACAUUUGUUAAUGUUAUUGCGAAUGGUCAAUUCACUGAAGACAUGAUUCCAACUGUUGGAUUCAAUAUGCGUAAAAUCACAAAAGGAAAUGUCACAAUUAAGUUGUGGGAUAUUGGUGGACAACCUCGGUUUCGUUCUAUGUGGGAAAGGUAUUGUCGAGGUGUCAAUGCAAUCAUUUUUAUGGUCGAUGCUGCUGAUGAAGAUAAACUGGAGGCUUCUAGGAAUGAAUUAAGCCAGCUUUUAGAUAAGCCACAGCUUGAUUCCAUACCAGUGCUUGUAUUAGCAAACAAAAAAGACCUUCCUGGUGCCCUUGAUGAACGGCAGCUUAUUGAACGGAUGUAA